AUCGUUACCUCUAGGACUCACAAGUCACAACUCAUUCACCAGCUUAAUUAGAGCCUUUUGCAAUCUCUUAGUUCUAAUUAAAAAAGAACAAAGAAAAACAAAAGCUAUCAAUUAGGCAUCAGUCAAUCAUUCAAAAUGAAGGGAGAGGGAAGGAGAAACUCAAAAUGCUUAGCAUAUGUUGCUGCUUUCAUUGUGUUUCAGACCAUAAUCAUCUUGGUCUUUGCACUAACUGUGAUGAAAAUUAAAAGUCCUAAAGUCAGGUUUGGCACUGUGGCUGUCGAGAAUUUCACUCCCAGCACUACCAAUUCAUCUUCUUUUGAUAUGAGAUUGGUAGCCCAAGUGGCCAUUAAGAACACAAAUUUUGGCCACUUCAAGUAUGACAGCAGCAAUGUCUCUAUCUUAUAUGGGGGCAUACCUGUUGGAGAGGCUGUCAUUGCUGAAGGUCGAACCAAGGCAAGAAAGACACAGAGAUUCGAUGUGACCGUGGACAUAACCUCCGACAAGUUAUCAGGCAAUACAAACUUUACAAAUGAUAUUGGUUCUGGAUAUUUGAUGCUGAGCAGCCAGGCUAAGUUGAGUGGAAAGGUGCAAUUGAUGAAGGUGAUCAAGAAGAAGAAGUCUGGUGAAAUGAGCUGCACCAUGAGAGUCAAUUUGGCGCAACGUGCUAUCCAGGAUUUGAAGUGCAACUGAGAUAUGAAAAACUCGGGGAGUUUUCCUUGGAUUUGGAUUAUUUAAUUUGUUGUGUAUUUCUUAGUUAGUUGUCUGAAUUAUUUCUUUUGUAGGGUGCCCAUGUAGUUGAUUUCAUUGUCAUUUGUGUAUUUUCUUUUUGAGCCUUUGCUUUUGGAUUUGGAAUAGAGAUUGAUUUAUGUAUA